AAAAUGUAUAUAAUAGUCAACAGUCUGUAAAGGCAAAUCAACCACACAGCUGCAUUAAUUCUCCAUGAAAUGACAUUUUUUCCCCCACUUCUUUUUAGCUUUUUGUGUUUUAUAUAAUCCUUAGCAUUGUAUUUUCAAAGCACAGGAAUCAGAUGUAUGAAUCACCAACUUCUGUCUCUCAAGAUACCUCCCAAAUAGCGUCCUUCCUGUUCUCCACACUGCAUAGGAGAAGGUAUUUCUUGCUUGCACAGCAGUUCUCUCUCUUUACAUGCUCUCAGACACAACGAGUGAGACAUGAAUGGCUCAAGCACAUGGCCAGCUGAGCAAAUGGAGGACAUUCCGGGUGAAACCGUGGCAGCCUGUGUUAUCCUGGCUUUGUCUUUCAUAGUGGGAAUGCCAGGGAACUUGAUGGUGAUCUGGACAAUUUUGCGGCACGUCAAAAAGCGCUCGCACACUGUUGUUCUUAUCCUUCAUCUGGCUGUUGCUGACCUGCUGGUGCUCAUCACGCUGCCCCUGUGGAUCUAUUCAUUCGUGCGAUCAUGGGUCUUUGGCGAAGUGGUAUGUAAAGCCAUGGUGUACAUCAUCAACUCCUGCAUGUACAGCAGUGUGUUCUUCAUCACAGUCAUGAGCAUCGAGCGCUUUAUUGCCGUCCGUUAUCCAUUCACCUCCAUCAACUGGAAGAAGAAAAAAUUGCUGAAUAAAUUACUGCUUGUCCUAUGGACUCUGGCUUUCAUCUUCAGCAUUCCUGUAAUUCCCACACAAGUUCUGGAAAAAGUGAAAGACAAGGAGCAAUGUCUGUUCAGGGAAUACUCUUCAACCAGCGAAGAGGUGGCGUUUCUGCUUCUUGAAACCAUGGUGGGCUUCGUGGUUCCCUUCGUCAUCCUUGUCGUCUGCUAUGGCUGCUUAUGGAAGCGAAUUACGCAAAUGACCUUCAAAUUUAAGCAGAACAGCAUGGUUUUAAUAAUCAGUGUCGUGAUUGUUUUUGCCCUGUGCUGGAUUCCUCAUCACAUGUGUAACAUUCUAUCUCUGAUGGCUAUCAUACUGGAGAGCUGGCAUGCUGACAUGGCAGAUGGCAUGGAAUCUGUAAGGGCCAACAUGGCCUUUGUCACUGGGGCGUUGGUCUUCAUCAGCAGCACGGUGAACCCCCUGCUGUAUGUGUUUGCCGCACGCUCGUUUCGAAGCUCGCUCAGGGACACUGGCAUGCGAAAGCUCUUCCAUCACAUCUCCAGCUCAGCCACAGACAGUUCGCUGUACUCAGAAGGCCUCCACAGUCACCAGAUCUCAAUCAAAUAGAGCAUCUAUGGGAUGUGGUGGAACAGGAGAUUUGGAUUGUGAAGGUGCAGCCCACAAAACUGAAGAAACUGUGCGAUGCCAUCAUGUCAACAUGGACCAAAGUUUCUGAGGAAUGUUUCAAGCAGCAUUUUGAUUCUGUGUCACAAAGAGUUAAAGCAGUCCUGAAGAAAAAAACCGAUCCAACCUACUAAUAAAGUAGUCAGUAAGCAUAUGUACACAAUCACGUACUACAGGUACCUUUACAGACCCCAAUAAACUUAAUUGUAUUUUUGGACUGUGGGAUGAAACCAGAACAGGCACAUAAUACCAGGAGAACAUGCAAACUCCACACACACAAAGCGGAAGUGGGAUUCAAGCCCAAAUGCCAACACACCUGCUCAUUAGAGUCAUGUGGAAAUAUGUGAUUUAACUGUAACAGUUAAACCAGUGGUGCAAAGCUUCUUAUAGUGUGGAUCUGGCCUUGUUUUUUUUUUUUUUAAAAAAAAAAACAAAAAAAACAGCUGACUGUGGCAAGAAGGCCCGGAGAAUACAGAACUAGUCUGGGUUUCGUUUGGUUACUCUCCCUCAAAGCAGCCUUGACUACUGAAUGGAUGCCUAAUGCCUGCGGGUGGAAUUGAGCAACUGCACUGAGAACCACGGCUGCUGCUUCAAAAACAUCAACCUCAUCAAGCAUGUAGCGUGAGAAGAAAGACGGGCUGGUAGCACUCUAGGUAUUUGAAGGCCUGUAUGAGACAAGGAAAAUUUGCCAUGUUAGAGGAAGAAGGAAUUUGUAUAGUGGAAGAAGUCCCAUUACAGAUCCAACUGAUAGGUCAAAUGUGUAAAUACAUGUGUAAAUUAUUUUUCUUAUUGAUCAUGUUUCAGAAAGUUUUUUGUGGCUUUAUUCUACAUGUUCAAAUUGCGAUGACGAUAAAAAUACAAUUUAUUGGUCAGCAAAAGUUAUGUGACACAGAUACUCCACACAAGUGAAAAAAUAAUAAUAUCCAGUGCAUAAAGGAGCACGCUGUUCUCCUGUG